AAUGUUAUGUCCUUUCGCGAGAACCAUCACGAAAUCGCAAGAGAAACGCGGCAUGACGUGUCCAGGUCGGAUUGCUGCUGACCGUCACGUUUAUGGUCGCGUACAGUCGGAGAGAAACGUGAUCGGUCUGUCUGUGUUUUCAGGACGCAAUGGGUCGAUACUCCCACGAGCCAGUCAACCAAACCAAGUCGUGCAAAGCGCGUGGCUCCAAUCUUCGUGUGCAUUUCAAGAAUACCCAUGAGACGGCGCGUGCUAUCAAAAGCAUGGCCCUGCGGAGGGCGCAGAAGUACCUGAAGAAUGUCGUCGAACAUAAGGAAUGCGUCCCUUUUCGUAGGUUCAAUGGUGGCGUCGGCAGAUGUGCACAAGCCAAACAGUUUGGCACUACGCAAGGUCGUUGGCCUAAAAAAUCUGCAGAAUUUCUGCUGCAACUUUUGAAAAAUGCAGAGAGUAAUGCCGAUUAUAAGGGACUCGAUGUGGACCGCCUUGUAAUCGAGCAUAUUCAGGUCAAUCAUGCCCCUUGCCUUCGUAGAAGAACGUACAGAGCUCAUGGUCGUAUAAAUCCUUAUAUGAGCUCGCCUUGUCACAUUGAAGUAAUAUUGACUGAAAAAGAGGACGUUGUUGCGAAAGCCACAGAGGAGGAGCCAUCGAAAAAGAAACUUAGUAAGAAAAAGCUCGCUAGACAAAAGGAAAAGAUGAUGAGAGAAUGAUUUCAUUACUUUAUAUGGACGUGUAUUGUGAAUAUACCGUAAAAAAUGGA